UAUAUGCCAAGACAAGACAUUCUAUCCGGAAAACACGUCCCUAUAAGAAGGACAGACAGCCUGAGCCACAAAUAAACCCUUAUUUUCUUCGCAUCCCAAUGUGUGGGUGUAUUUCCACUGUUCGCUAUAUACUCCUACCUUUAGCUUUAGUUGUAUAUAAAAGCCAGGGAUUAAUUUGUUGUCGAUAAACUGGAGGCGGUGACGAAUCUGACGGCGAUUGGACCUCCCCGUCUCCAAGCCCUCCCUUUUUUAAUUUCCACGGGAGCGCGUCUGGGCUCUUAAACACAAGCAACACCGGCAGCCGUUACCACGAGCAAACUCACAGGCACGCGGCACUUUUCACAGCCUCCCGAUUACAAACUCCGGGCAGUGAUUACAGAAAACACAAAUAAGAAGGGCGGUUGUUUUGACUACUGAAAGCCGUGCAAGUAUCCGAUUUCAAUACUUGCUGCUGUUUGCAAUGGACAUUUGAUUAUUACGCGCGACUACAACAGUGGGACUGACUUUUAAGGACAGCACAUUGCAGAAGCUGAUAUUUAUGACCAAGAAGCUUAUUACGCGAGUGCUUUGAGCACAUUAUAAAAUAGGCUUGUUUUAACAAUAGCCUAUACUUUUUUCCUUUCUAAAUAGCUUUCUUUCUUCUCUAAAAUUGGCUCCCGUACAAACAGCCGCGUUGGAUCCGUCGGCUUACUGCGAGACUCCGGUGUACAAUCCGGAUCUCUGCCCGAAUAUGAUAGCUGCUCAGGCUAAGUUGGUGUACCACCUAAACAAAUACUACAACGAGAAAUGCCAGUCUCGGAAAGCGGCGAUCUCCAAGACAAUCCGGGAGGUUUGCAAGGUGGUGUCGGACGUCCUGAAGGAGGUGGAGGUGCAGGAGCCCCGCUUCAUCAGUUCCCUGAACGAAAUGGAAAACCGCUUUGAGGGACUGGAGGUGAUUUCGCCAACGGAAUUCGAGGUGGUCCUCUAUUUAAAUCAGAUGGGGGUUUUCAACUUCGUGGACGACGGUUCGCUGCCAGGCUGCGCGGUGCUCAAACUCAGCGACGGCCGCAAGAGAAGCAUGUCCCUGUGGGUAGAGUUCAUCACAGCCUCCGGUUACCUCUCGGCCCGCAAGAUCCGGUCCCGCUUUCAAACGCUGGUGGCACAGGCGGUGGAUAAAUGCAGCUACAGAGAUGUCGUAAAGAUGGUCGCAGACACCAGCGAAGUGAAACUACGCAUAAGGGACAGAUACGUGGUUCAGAUUACCCCGGCUUUCAAAUGCACGGGAAUAUGGCCACGGAGCGCGGCGCACUGGCCACUGCCACACAUCCCCUGGCCAGGACCAAACAGGGUGGCGGAGGUGAAAGCCGAAGGUUUUAACCUUUUAUCCAAGGAAUGCUACUCGUUAAAUGGGAAACAGAGCUCAGCGGAGAGCGACGCCUGGGUCUUACAAUUCGCCGAAGCCGAGAAUCGACUCCUGCUGGGAGGAUGCAGGAAGAAAUGUCUGUCCGUGCUAAAGACACUCCGCGACCGUCACCUUGAACUCCCGGGACAGCCCCUCAACAACUACCACAUGAAAACUCUGGUCUCGUACGAGUGUGAAAAACAUCCACGGGAAUCGGACUGGGACGAGAACUGUCUCGGGGAUCGACUUAACGGAAUUUUACUACAGCUCAUCUCGUGCUUGCAGUGCAGAAGGUGUCCGCAUUACUUUCUGCCAAACUUAGACCUGUUUCAGGGAAAACCUCAUUCAGCCCUCGAGAAUGCGGCCAAACAGACAUGGCGAUUGGCAAGAGAGAUUCUUACCAACCCAAAAAGCUUGGAAAAACUCUGAGGUAACGAUAACAGCGAGCGAUAAAUACACAAUUUGUACGCCCCUAGGUCUAACCGGUGGUUAUGAGGCCUAUGUGAUGUUCCGCGGAUCAAGGAAUUCACGGACAAAAAAAAAACCCUUAUCACUGGCACUGCUGUUCUGUUUUAUCCACGUUCUUGUAAAUUGUGUAAAAGAAAUAUCCUCGUGGAUUAUAUGACACUAAUUUUCACCAACAAAAAAUAAUUAAAUUUUGAAAGACCGAUUAUGUCAGCAACAUUAUCACUGUUAUUCGGAAACAAAAUGUAUCAACAAUCAAAAUCAAUUGAUGGGUAACUAUCAGUGUUAAAUAUAUCAUCGUCAUUCCCAUUGCAUUAGCCUACAUGAGCGAGACGUUUACUUGCAAGAAGGUUGCUUCAAAUGAAGCCCGGUGGAAACGCCUUGACAGAAUCUAACUGUACGUUUUUAUACUGUAUAUACAUACAUUCAUAGAUUGUGCUUCCAGUGGUAUGAAAUUGUGAAUGUUGUUUUGUAACACGUAAGUAGUGCUUCAACUCCAUCGGCUCACUCCUGGACUUUUCCGGUAGAUAAGAAAUCAAUUUAAAGUAGACUACAUCCGUGAUAUUUUACUUUUGUCUAUUGUCAAUGGAAAUUGUCUAAUUUUAAAGUUUACAUUUUGAUGGUACUAUUUGUUAAAUUUUAAAACAUUCCACAAAUAUACUUGAAUUCUUAUUUAAAAUAUAUUCAAACAUCUUUUUGAUUCUGCUUAUAUUAUAGCGCCUGAAAAAAAAAACCAAUAUAAAUAUAUUUGGAAAAUGCACUUGAAAUACACUGGAAUAUAACACUUUGUGAUUUGAUUUUUUAUUUCUGUCUCUGAAUUUAUUUAAAGAGCUAAUAAAAAAAUAAGUAUUA